GUGGAAUCCCCUUUAAUCCCACGGCUCUCGAGCAUGUAUUGGCGGAAUGUAUCCAAGUACAUUUACUCAAAUACUGUACAUUUACAUUAAGUACAUGCGCUUAACCCUGAUUUGCCUGGUUCAUCUGUCUGCCUGCCACUGACCACUGACCACUGCCCACGUCUUGGCUUCACUUGCUGUUUGCCCUAGCCUGCCUCUGCCUGCCCGGGCCCUAAUAAAGGUGAACUGUUUUGCACUUUUACCUAUGAACAGGAGAUUUAAGAUUAAACUUUUCCUAGUAAAGAGUAGUCCUUUGAAGUUCUUAUUUGCUCUUUAUUAGUUGUAAUGCAUAGGUAAAAAUUAAUGGAAUUCCUAUUAUUUAGACUUUUUGUUUUUGUGCUUUUUGCCACUAACCCUGUAUUGCUUGUUUUCUUUCCUUUUAUUGUGUGCAUAUACCUAAAUAGUAAAAAAUAAACAUCAUACAUUACAGAACAUUACACAAAAGUUAACAGCUGUUUUCCCUUUUGUCUUGCAAAUUCAAAUAUGACCUUGUCAAAAUAGCAUGUUGGAAGUGAACUGCACCUCAGCCCACCAGUACCAAAAAGUGGAACUGAGUCCAAAAAAAGACAGGAAAUGGGGGGAGAGAGAGUAGGGGAAUGAUAUUCAGUAAGGGUCUGGCCAGAUCAGGAGUUGAACUGGGGACCAGCUGCUCAGGGCACUGAGGCCCAUGUGGUAUGUGCCCUAACCAGUCAGCUAUUGGGUCACUCACUAUGCAUGAAAGUUUAUCAUUUUUCUUUUGAGUUUUUCCCCAAAACCUGGAUUAUAUUUCACCCUUACAAUUAAAACCUCACAUGAACUGAGACAUACUGUACCAUCUCCUCUGAGGAUGACUGACAGCUACUCACAGAGAAGUUGGUUAUUAUGGAUUGAUGAGAUUAUGGAGGUAGUGUGACUGGCAGUGGCUUAACCUCAUCACAUGACUCAUAUUUCAUUAGUGGACUGGACUGGAAGACCCAGAAAAUGGUUUGUCUCAGCAUGGUCACACGCUCCUCUUUUUUUCAUCUUUUGGCAGAAGAACUGUCACAAUAGCACUUACUGAAAAAAACACAGAUGUCUAGCAUAUGAUCCUUCUGCCUUUCACCUGUUAUUACACUUCAAAAGAAGUUCAAUACCCAUAUCAUCUGAAGUACUGGCAAAAUCAAAACUAGCUGUAAAAACAGUAUGGGAUAUUCAAGUUUAUUAACUUUUUAAGGCUGUCUUUCCUCAUAUGCCUUCUUGUUUGGAUGAAUUCAAUAAAUACAUACAUAUUUCUCAACAGCUGUGUGUGUGGGUGGGUGCCUGUGUGUGAAAGAGAGUGAGAGAGCUUUGCCUCUUGUUAAACAGAAAAGGUGAAAGGGUGAUCAAACCAUGGUCAGUAUUUUAAAGUUUAUUUACUUACUGGCAAUAUCUGUUUCUCCUCAGGCAGUUAGUGUGUAUGUUAACGGUCUGAAGUACAAUUCACAAUCAACCACAAAGGAAGCAUCUUUUCAAGACACAGAGGUAAAAGCUCUGACUAAAUACAAAAUACAGUGGGAAAGUAGAGCUUCCAAUAAGGCCCCCAGAGAAACAAUAUAAUGACCUCUCCGCACUUUUGCAAAUUUAUGUUCACCAGAAACUGUAGUAUAAGUAAAAUUUUACAUUUUUAUUGCAAGCAGAAUUCUUCUACUUGUCUUCAUGUUAAGACUGUUGCACUGUCACCUCCAGGGCAACACUCUUCUCCUCUUAGAACAUGCUUAUACAGCACACUUAUCAAAAUAAAUGUAGAUAAUCAAUCCAUCACUUCAUUCUAUUGCACUGCUGUUGUACUCCUUUGUAGAAAAAGAUGAAGUGGGCAAUAAACUGUGAAGCUCUGUGUGAGUGAAGGAGUUACUGCAGAUUGUCUGAGCAUUAUCACCACCGUGUGGCUGUUUUUUGCCAUUGCAGUCUGUUUGAGGCUAAUGAGUUGCAUGCUCAGUGCUUAUGAUAAAACGGCACAGGAGGGGUUAAUUAGUUCAUGCGCAACACAGACUGCUGCCUCAAUUUAAGGUCAUCAGCAGAAAGCCACAGGAAGUCGAGUUGACCGUUGCUUUGCUGCCUGAAGAUGCAGCUCAAUCUCUUGCAUGUGUAGUUCAUUAACGUUCUUCUUUUCCCUGUCAGCAACGGUGAUUAAAAGGUCAGACAUCAGGCAAGUAGAAACCCUGUGUUACCUCAUUGUUAGUUGUAGGUUUGGAACCAGGAAGAGCAGCUUUUCUUCCUUGCUGGACCCUUCAUGACGGGACGAGCCUGUUGUAAAAGGUGGGGCUGGAUCAUCAUGAACAUGCGUGCGCUCUCUCCUUCUCUGGUAUUUACAGAAUGUACUCCAUAGAUUUAGCUUAAUUGCUGAAUUUCAGACCCAAACGACUUCAUGGUGAUGAUGAUGAUAGGAUGUGGGAAUUGUGAUUCAGCUGAAACAGUUAGUUUCACCAGGAGUGUCAAAACUUUUACUACAAUUAAAUUUCAAAAAUGUACUCACACUGUUCAACUACAAGACCCAGAGAAGGCCUACAACCUAUUUGAGAAUAAGAUCUAAUGAAAUCCUGAAAUCUAAUGGAAGUGUCAUCUAUAUACUUACAGACAGUUCUGGAAUAAUAAUGUAUUCACACUAACAAAGUUUGAACUAAAGACUCUUUUCUUUAUGCAGAUAGGCCAUCAUGUCAGGCUCCUCUGACACCUUAAGGUUUUGUCUCCCCACCCAUGGUGACUCCAUCCUGAGUAAAAUGAAUGCUCUGAGAGAGGAUCUUCGCUUCUGUGAUGUCACACUUCUCCUCAGGGGUCCGCAAGGCGCCUCUGUUCGGCCCCUCCGUUUCCACGGCCAUAGAGUGGUGCUUGCAGCGUCCUCAGACUUCCUCCGUGACCAAUUCCUGCUCCAUGAAGGCCGGGCAGAGCUGUGCGUGGGUGUAGUUUCCAGCAUGGAGGUUGGUAAGAGACUGCUCCUGUCCUGCUACACCGGGCUCCUGGAGGUCCCCCUCAGGGAGCUGGUGAGCUACCUCACUGCAGCCAGCGCGCUUCAGAUGAGCCAGGUCGUGGAAAAAUGUGCCCAGGCCAUCUCUCAGUACCUCCGUCCAACCCUGGCAUUCUUGAAACUAGAGAGACAAUCAGAGGAGAAGGAAAUCCUGCAACCAGACAGUGGCUGGCCAGGCCCCAGCUCCAAAAAUUGGGAGGAAAGGGAUGCAGCCCAACCCAGCACCGGUAUCCAGGAAGCAAGUACUAAGGAAGGGGGAGCGGUUGUGAUUCAGUCCGAGUUGAAUUCCGGCCAAGGAGCCAAUGUGGAUAGUCAAGGAUUGAGAGAGGUAGGAGAGGAUGGGAAGGCGGUUAAAGCUGAAGAAGCAUCAUAUUGUUUCAGCACCCCAGAGUCAGAGGAAGGUGGAGGCAUCCAGGCUGUUCACACAAACAAGCCGUGCUAUCAAGUUCACCACAUUUCAGGUACCCUAACAUGUACGCUACACUCUCCUACAGCUGCCCAAGACCAUAUAUCCUCCACAACCAUAAGGAGUUCCAGCGAACACGAGGACCCAGAUGAAAUACUCUCUGUGGGAGCUCAACUGCAAGAGAGUGGAGAGCUGAUGGACUCCAAUUUAUUUUGCCUCUCCAGUGCACAUCUAUCAAAGAACCACUGUUCUGGAGAUGAGCUGACAGAAGUUUCUGACAGUGUAUUGGUCCAAAGGCCGUACCUGUGCAGGAGGUGUGACAGAGUCUUCCAGCACCUGGAGAGCUACGCAGGACACUUGAAGGAGCACAGACAGUACCUGUGUUUGGUCUGUGGGAAAGGCUUCUCCCACAAGAGCAACCUGUCUCGCCACAUACGCCUCCACACCGGCGUCAAGCCCUUCAGAUGCCCACUGUGCCACAAGACAUUUUCUCAGAAAGCCCCCCUGCAAGACCACCUCAACCUGCACACGGGGGACAAGCCCCAUAAGUGCAGCUACUGUGCUGUGCACUUUGCACACAAGCCAGGGCUCAGGCGCCACCUGAAGGACGUUCAUGGAAAGGUGGUUUUCAUGCACCCAUGCCCGCAGUUUGGCAAGAUGUCAAGAUGAGCCGCAAGGAAGGAGCAUGAAAGUGAGAGAGCAGCACCUGCCCCUCCUCCAUAACCACAGCUGAGGUGCUCUUGAGCAGGGCCCUCAAUCCCCAGCUGCUCCAGUAGAGCUGAGUAGAGCUGCUCGGUGACGGCAAAAUGAAACAAAUUGCUGGUUGUACAGGUGUGAGUGUGUGUAACCGUGUGCUUGCAGUGCAGGCUAUUGCUGAAAAAGAUGCUCUCAGCAAAACUUCCCUUGAUAAAUAAAGCUUUACACUCUGCA